UAAAUAUUCUGAUAUUCUGAUAUUAGUCAUUUGUAAAAAAUUUAUUGUUAAAUUUGUUGUUAAGCCGUUAGCAACAUAAACAAACUUGUAAAUCAGUGAAUGUGCUAAGGGCAUUCGAGCCUACACUAUAAACAAUAACAACAAAAGCAAUUUGAGUACUACAAGUCACACAAAAAAUUUCAUUAACAAUUGCAAAGAAGUUCCUGUGACGUUGAUAAGCAAACAUCCUCAUUUAGAAGGCCCCAGAAAUUAUGAUCAAUUAAAUUUUUUGAUUUGGUGAUUUGUUUAUUUUGAAUUGCUGCAAAAUUUAUAAUUUACAUAAAUCACUUAUAAAUAAAUUUGUGUGAUAAAUAGAUAAAAGAAACUAUAUCUGCUUAUAUUAAUUGAUCACUGCGACUGUUGGCAAGAGAAAAUUUCAAAAAAAAUAGUACCUGGAAGUAUAGAAAAAACAAUAGCAACGAAAAAAGUAAAAUUCCAAAUGCAUUUUCCCAAGAAAUGCAACAACAUAUCGAAAACAAAACCAACAACGACUACAACAAUAAAAAAGUACCAACACCACACACAACUCAUGAGGACAGCCUUAAUCUAACCGAGGAAGUAAUUAAGGUAAAUCAAGUCGAAACUAAGGGAUAUUAGUGUUCAAGGAUAUAAGUCGUGCCCGGUGCUUGUACACAAACUACAGAUUCGGAGUUGUGUGAAAUACUUACCUGCACAUAACUUUAAGAGCACGCGCGUUGCAGACGAUCGCGGCAAACAAAGUUUAAAAUUAAAUAUACUUAACGCUACUACUAAGAUUGAGCAUCGAAGUUCGAUCAUAGAAAAUCACACCAAAUUCAAACUCAGAUUUCAAAAAACCGCCAAAACGGUUCAAAUAAAUUCAAAAACACGACGCACGCCAUUAACGUUAACAAUGUUGAGUAGCGAUAUAAGUGCGUCGUCGGUUGGUUGUCCGAAAAAGUCAACCACAACAACAGCAACAGAAACCUUACCAACAUAUCCAACACAACAGUCACCCUUAUUGCCGCCAACAUCAACAUCAAUAUUGACUCCAACUUUAACACCUGUACAGCAUAAGCAUGCAUAUACACACACAAUCACACAUAGCGGCUUGCACACGAAGCAAACGACAACGGCAGUAACAACGAAAGUACCAUUAUCAAGCCUACAACCAGCUACAACAAUACCAACCUCAACUACAGAUACUAACCCAAAGAAUACUCACACACUACUUCUGGAAACACUUGAUAUGUUGUUGUCUUGCCUCGUUGUGGCACCCUGCGUUAUAGCCUACUGGCGUGGUACGUGGGAAUUAAUGGGUGUGCUUAUAUUCCCUAACAAUGUACCAUUAUCUGCGUUAUGCUCAUUCCUAAUCGGUGGACUGGGUCAUUUACUUUUCACGCUGACACAAACAUUCUUCAAAGAUCACAUACAUCCCGACAAGCGGCGUCUUACGUAUUAUGUAAUUUCAAGGUGCUACACUGCCAUUUUUGGUAUUGUGUGUGUCAAUAUGUGGCGUGGGUCGUGGGUACUUUGCGAUUGGCUAACCAGUGUAGACUCAUUAGUUAUUAUAUCAGUUGUAACAUUGGUAGCUAUGCUUUUUCUAAUCGCCACACGUACUGUACGAAAUCUAGGUGCUGCACCAUAUACCGUAACUAUGGAUCAUAAAAGUGAUUAUUUCGAAGUGGACACCAUGUUCAAAAUACCGGGCUUUAAUCAACCUGGUCUCUAUCUGCUGGAUAGCUUAUUUUCUAUAUUUGUUAUUGGUACUUUAGUAGUGAUUGCGUGGCGUGGUCUCUGGGGUAUAAUGGAUCUAACUUUUUAUCCUUCUAACAAAGCAAAGUCUGCUUGGGGGUCAUUGUUGAUCGGAUACGCCACAGUUUUUCUUACAUUUGUCAUACAACCCCUGAUACGCUGCAUCUGUAAGAAAAUUAAUGGACUAUGUAGAUUAUUGAUAUGCGACAUUUUUUAUUUCCUUACAUUUUUUGGUGCUGUUAACGCGUGGCGAGGAAUUUGGAAUCUUCUUGAUGUUUAUUUGUAUCCAGAUAAUCGAAUAUUGAGUUUCUGGCUGACACAUGUCAUUCCAUUUCUAAUACUCGCCGCACUUAAAUGUUCCAAUUCAAUACUCGUGCGUGGCGUCUUCAUCGACGCCGAAGGACACGGAGGUGAAUGCGUCGACUUACCAAUUAACUAUGUAAAAUUACAUUUCGAACGUGAACGGACUAAGAAGGUAUAUGUUUUGCAUCAACAUUACAGACAACACCAUCUUGCACGCAACAUGGAGAAGGAAGCACAAAGUAGUCUGAUCGACAAACCACACAAAACCGAAGUUCAGAAACAAAACAUCAUGGAAUCUUCCCAUCUUGUUUAAUAAAAAAAAACCUGAUAAUUUUGUUUUUAUAUCUAUAUAAUAGGUUUUGAUUUUUUUAAUAUGUAUUAAUUGUUGAUUUAAAUAAAUACUUAAUAUUAGUUAUAUUAAGGUUUAUGUUGAUUUGUUCUAGAAAUUUUUGUCAGUGCACCAAACUAAAAAAGAAUAGAAUUUUUAUUUAAGUGAAGUCUAAAGAAUUUAUAGCUUAUUAUUGUAUUGGUUAUGUUGUAAGGUAUGGUAUAUAUUAGUAAUAAUGUUAAAGACAUGUUAUAAAAUAAAUAUUCUCUCAUUAAAUUUGUUAACUGAUAACAGCAUGAAACCUGAUCCUGACAAUAUCGGGUUGGUGUAAUGUGAAGUUUUUGCAAAUUUCUGCAAAUUCUAAACGUAUUUCUUGUAUUCUUAGGAUAGGUGAUAGUGUUGCAAGUUAAUUAAGAACUAUAGUCGGCAUGAUCGACUAUGCUUUCAUAUAUACCGACACACAUUCAGACAUGCAUAUAUAUAGAAUUGGAAUUAUAUUUCUAUUGUUAUGGCUUAAGGUUACAAAAUGUGUAAGAACUUUUAAAAUAGGAAAAAGAAUUAGUGUCUAAUAUAUUCGGUACAUAUGUUAUGAAUCUGAUAAUUUUAUAGCAAAGUGUAUAUAUAUGUGUAUAUUUGUAUUUACA